CACAAGUUCUAAAUAAACUAUAGUUGCAUUAUUUUACUAUAUCAAAAGAUGGAUAUAGUGCAUAGAUUAGGAGAAGAAAGCCCAGUGGUGAUAUUUAGCAAGAGUAAUUGUUGCAUGUCUUACAGUAUCGAAACCUUAAUUCGUAAUUUUGGGGCGAAUCCAAUGGUGUAUAAGCUUGAUGAAAUUGAAAAAGGCAAGAAGAUGGAAAAAGCUUUGAUUGAAAUGGGUUGCAAUCCUAGUACCCCAGCUAUAUUUAUUGGGAAGGAAUUUGUUGGUGGUUCUGAUGAAGUGAUGAGUCUCAAUGUUAAAGGCAAGUUGAAGGAAUUGCUCAUUAAGGCUAAUGCUAUUUGGGUAUAGACUAGAACUAUUUAUAUG